AUGGAUAGGGUUCGAUCUAGGGUUAACAUGGAUAGCGACGGGGAAGAUGAUCAUAUGAUGGAGAUCUCCGAGGAGAAUCAACAAUUAACGGUUCCGAGGAAGCGCAACGCGGAUGAAAUCGAAGAAGUUGAUGACGCAGGGAGCAGCGGAGAGAGCCGGGAUGGGGAGGACAUAGACGGAGACAGCGACGUGUCAAGCCGUGCGGGGUUCCAAGAAUGGGACGAGGACAGCUUCGAGGACGGACACGUAUACAAUCCCACUAAGAAGAUCGAGCCAGACGAUGAGGAAGCUCAAAAAAUGCGUCGAUACAGGAUUCAGAUGUACGAGAGCAAUGGUUUCAAUGUUGAUAUAGAAAACUAUUCUGGGCGAGUAGCCUUCCGAGAACUCUAUCCUAUUAAUCUUGAUGAACCUUUUAGGAAUGGUCUUACAGGGCGAGCCUACAUGCAAAACAACGUUGAUGUGACCGUAAACAAAUACAACAAAAUCAACGGGUUGUCUCUUGCAUGUGCAUGUAUUGUGAGGGCUGUUAUCUGCACUAUCUCAUGUUCACUCAAAUCCUACAUCACAUUCAUGGCCAGAGAGACUCCAGAUGGAGAUCUUGUUGAAUAUCAAGCUAAAACUGAAAAGAUGCCCUGGCAAAAACGAGACCACGCCCUCUUCUGCAGGCCUACUCCUAAACCAAAAGUUAUACACGUGCCCAGGUACGAGGAUUGUAUAUCCACGGAUUCUUCCACUGACAGUAAUGCAUCUAGCCGUGGAAGCGACCAAGAAUGGGACGUGGAUAGCUUUGAUGAUGAUGAAUCCGAGUACCAACCCCCAAUUAUGUUGUGUCCCAGUGAAGAGGAAGUUCAACUGAUGCGUCUGUAUAGACCAAAGAUGUACCCUAGCAAGGGUUUCCACGUGGAUGGAGAAACCUACCCUGGGAAAAGUAUCUUCUUCUCUAAGGUUGAUCUUGAUGUGCGCUUCUAUGGUACUGGGCUUACAGGCCGUGAGCACAUGCAAAACCUGGUAGAUUCGGCUCUUGAAAAAUACAAUAACAUCAAGGAAACAAGUGUGACAUGUGAAUCAAUUGUGAGGGCUAAUCUGACGAGGGUGAACGGAUACAAGUUGUACAUCACUUUCACGGCUAGAGAGUCUCCGGCGGAAGAGCUUGUGGAGUAUCAAGUAAAAACGGAGAGGAAGGUUUGGCAAGGGAAAUAUCAUGCCAUGUUUUGCAGGGCAACUCCAACAUCCAAAGAUUUCCUCUAAAUAAAAACCUUACACCUAAACUUAAGUUUUUUUUGUAAAUUUAGUCUCUUAUUUUUUGUUGUUGUGAACUGAAUUGCAGAUUGAUCUUGUAAUCAGGCUUGUGAGUUGUGAUCAAC